GGGACACCUGGACGUGGCCGCCUUGACUCAGCCUCCCAGCUCCCUACCUGCUGCAGACUGGGGAGAUGGAGUAGCCCAGCCCACUGCCGGCCUCCCGCCCCUCAUUUCCCUUGAAACAAAUUGGAAACCGAAACAGGGUCGGGAUACGGGACUCCUGGUGAGAGAUGAGUCAGUGCUCAGAGUGCCGGUAGUGGCUGAGAAGGGGCAGCAGAGAGGCGGACUCCAGCGAGGUGCAGAGGCAGGCAGCACUUCGGAGGGUGCCCACGGAACAUGGCGGGCAGCCUGGAGGCGGUGGCCAUAGACUGCGAGAUGGUGGGGCUGGGGCCCCUCCGGGAGAGCGGCCUGGCCCGCUGCAGCCUCGUGAGUUCCUCCGGCUCCGUGCUGUACGACAAGUUCAUCCGGCCCGAGGGGGUGAUCACGGAUUACAGGACCCGGGUCAGCGGGGUCACGCGUCUACACAUGAAAGCAGCCACACCCUUCGCCGAGGCCCGAGGAGAGAUCUUGCAGCUCCUGAAAGGCAAGCUGGUGGUGGGUCAUGACCUGAAGCACGACUUCAAGGCCCUGAAGGAGGACAUGAGUGGCUACGCCAUCUACGACACGUCCACCGACUGGGUGCUGUGGCGCGAGGCCAAGCUGGAGCACUGCAAGCGCGUGUCCCUGCGGGUGCUGUGCGAGCGGCUCCUGCACAAGCACAUCCAGAACAACCUGUUUGGACACAGCUCUGUGGAAGAUGCAAAGGCGACCAUGGAGCUCUACCUGCUCUCACAGUGUAUCCGAACCCGCCAGGGACUGCCUCGCCCGGCAGGGUCAGACUGAACUGGUCCAGCCCUGCCCUAGGGGCCACAGGCUCCCUCUGCAAAGGCAGCGUCUCUCUCAAGAGCUUUUGGAAGACGCAUCUUUCACAGUAAAAUGCUUCUCUAUUUUGUCUACUCCUCCA